AUGACUGCUCUCAAACCAAUUUCUACUCCAAUGAGGCUUUCUACAUCCUCCGACUCUGCUACAAAUGUUUUGUGUUCUGAUCCCACUUUGUAUCGCAGUCUGGUGGGAUCACUUCAAUACCUCACUAUGACCAGACCAGACUUGUCGUUUGCUGUGAAUACCGUUUGUCAACAUAUGCAUCAUCCUACUCUCUCUCACUUCAGGAUGGUGAAACACAUACUUCGGUAUGUCAGUGGUACUCUGAAUCAUGGAAUGCGUAUCUUGCGGGAUAGUUCCCUUGAUCUGUCUGCCUAUUUAGAUUCGGAUUGGGCUGGCUGCCCUCUCACUCGCCGCUCUACAGCUGGGUUUUGUACUUUCUUAGGCUCUACAUGUAUUUCUUGGAGUGCUAAGAAGCAACCAACAAUUGCUCGUUCAAGUACUGAGGCCGAGUAUAGGUAUAGGGCCAUGGCUUCCACAGCUGCUGAGUUGACUUGGCUAUCUUUUAUUCUUCGAGAUAUUGGUGUUUCUCAGUCCAAGCCUGCAACCAUGUACUGUGACAAUAUCAGUGCCUUGCAUUUAACGAUGAAUCCUAUUUUACAUGCUCGGACUAAACAUAUAGAGAUCGAUUACCAUUUCGUUAGAGAGAAGGUGGCUCUUGGAUCACUACUCACUCGGUUUAUUCCCUCCUCAUAG